UUUAUUCAUAUGCAAAUUUCAGAGUCGAAAUAAUAAAUCGACUCUCGUAUAAGUCAUGCAUAAUUUCAUUUGAUAAUUGAUGAUAAAUUGAAUCGAGUAUAGUUCACCAUGUGCUGCAUAUUCACGUGCUGUGGGUGGAUGGUCGAUCUUAUACAGAGACUAUGGACGUUUACGAUGUCUUGUUGUAUCAGCUCUGCGGUCUGUUGUUCACUGUUAACCGCGUCCAUGUCGGGCGUCGCCCUCGGGUACAAUUACUCUUUAGCUGAGUACAUCGAUUUAAAAGAAACGAAUGUCUCCGUUUAUUUGAAGCGUGGUAUUUUUGACGAUGACAUCGCUGAUGACAUGGAUUGGAGACGCAGCGGUCACCAACCUGUGGCGGGUCAUAUAGGAGAAAAUAACCUCGUAACCGGUUCCAAUGACGAAACAACCACCUUGAGGUCAGGGAGACGACUAGAUGAAUCAAUAUAUGAGUCUAAUGAUCGAAACAAUUUUGAGGGUUCAUUAAUGAGACUGACAGCGAAAGCUCCCGAUCCGAGCCCUUCAGAGGCUGAAGCAUCCGAAGUGCCACUAAGCGAGUUAAUAAAACCAUAUCCGACGGGGUCGCUCGAUCAGCUUAAGGCUGUUCAAAGUGCCAUUAAUAUGAGAAAAGCUGCGGCUUUAGCUCGUCGAAUGAACGACAAAAUGCAAAAGGUGCAAUUACAGAAUGAGAGAAACCAGCCACAAGAUUUAAGGGAUAUAAAUAGUAGGCGUGCUAUGAAGUUUGAUGUUCCACCAUUUGAAGACCCUUCUACUUUAAGUUCGCUCCGACAAGCCGUUCCAGAUAAUAGAAUAAACGAUCCAACAAAAUGGUUGUUACCAAAAAUACCCUACGAUAAGAUUUCGAAGGAUAUACUUUAUCCAGAUGAUUAUGUGAGCCCUACAUAUCCAGCGCCGGUCACCCCAAGAGCCGGUCCUGUGAGACCGACUAGACCGAAACAAGCACCCAGAACUAGACCGACACAUACCACAACACCAACACAAGUUCCUUCGAGAAGUGCCGAGCCAAAUUUACCGAAAUCGAUUGAUGAAGAAAUGGAAUCCUUCAAAGAUAAACUUAUCGUGAAUAAAUUGGACACGAUAGGGAUGAGCGACGAUGAAUUUUUGAAAAAAAUAGGAACAGGGGCAAAGAAGUCAGAAGAUGAUUACGAGGAAGACAUCAAGGGUGUUCCGUUAAGAAGGAAGAGAAGCAAUGAUCUACUAUUCACUAGUUAUAAAUCAAGACAUAAAAAUACUAACGAAAAUAAGGAAGACAUUGUUGUUGGUAGCAGAGAACCAACUCAAGAAAAUUCAAUUUCUAAAACUCUUAAAAAACUACUGUUUUCUUAUAUUCAAUAAUCUCUUGACG